GCCGUACCCCAACUCCCUAUCAUAUUCCCAUCUAAUCGCCUUUUCUCCUCGCUCUUGCGCCAACCUCUUGUCUAGCAACACCAGACACAUUCUACUAUCUACGUGUCAUUUUUACAAGGUUCCCGGCUAAAGCGGACUGAUCGGCAAUCUCGUCAAUAUGUCCGGAUCUGCAUCUACGCUCGGAGGACUCAUCCAGGUUUCCUCCCCGGCCGAUGGUGUCAGAACCAUCACCUUCAACCGACCGCAGAAGCGAAAUGCUCUGUCCAGUGAGCUUUUGGCCGAAUUCCUCACUGAGCUGUCUGCAGCUUCCAAAGAUGCUGCUGUCAAAGUCAUUGUCCUGACGGGCUCUGGCGGAUUCUUUUCGGCCGGCGCCGAUCUCCAGGAUAUCGCCGCGCUCGACGCGGCUGCUGCCCGAUCAUGCCGAUAUCUCGAGGAUCUUUGUACUGGCAUGGCAGCUGUACGAAAGCCCCUUCUGGCAGCUGUUGAAGGACCUGCACUUGGGGGUGGGUUCGAAGUUGCGCUUAUGUGUGAUAUGAUAUUUGCAUCCAGAAGCCGAACCUACUUUGCCUUGCCCGAAGUUAAACGCGGGUUGAUUCCGGGCGCGGGGGGCACUCAACGGCUCACGGCAGCGCUCGGCAAGUUCAAGGCAAUGCGAACAAUUCUUUUGGGCAAGCCCAUCACUGCCGAGGAAGGACUUUCACAUGGCCUCGUUUGCGAACUCUUUGAAGACGGCAAGGUGCUCGAAGAAACUGUCAAGGUGGCCGCUGAUCUAGCCGCGAAUGCGACCGAAGCUAUGCAGCUUGCCAAAGAGGCCAUAUGUCGUGCUGAUAGCCUUGGGCGUGAUGACGAGUUCGAGAGGACUCUCUAUUACAUCACGAUGGGAACGGAGGAAAAAGUGAAGGGGGUGAAUGGAUUCCUCAAGAAGACUUAGCUUCAUUGAGUUUUGCUCAAUAUCAACUGAGGGCCUUGCAUGACGCAUCGACCCAAUGAGCAGAGGAGAGUCCUAGCACACAUAACGUGCUUUCGGACUAUAGCACGCGAAGUCAAUCAUUUGCCUUGUCAAUCCUGAGGUAUUUUGCGUGGGUACAAUCGUACCUGUGCUUUAUGGAUGUUUAUCUUUCAAGAAUGAGAAUGAGCUUGUAAUACUCUGUACCGCCUCUAAGCGUUCAGUCUUGAUUAUCCACUUGAAAUGGCCCGUCACAAUCGC